AUGUUUGUUGAAGUGGAGAUAGAUGGUAAAGAUCGAAAAAAUGUCGAUAUCCAGGAGAACACAACAGUACAUGAUGUAAAAGAGCGUAUUUCAUCAUUAAUAGAUGUACCGAUAGAUAAUUUAGAAUUACAAUUUAAUGAGAAGAAGCUGAACGAUGAUGAUAAUAUCAAUGGCGUCAUAAAUGCCGAAUCACGACUAAUCAAAUGUUUAAUUUCAACAAAUAACGAUUCUAGCGAAGAUUUGUUAAAAUACGAAAAUAUCUUCCCAUUUGAGGAUACAAUGUAUUCAUCAUCAAGCUUUCCAUACUAUUCGGAAUCCAACUCAAUUGUACAUAGGAAAUAUAAAAAUGAUCCUGAAUCUUUCGAAUCAAGUAUUAUCUAUAUACAAAACAUGGGAUUUCCGCACAAGUUUGCAAAACACGCUUUACGGUAUACUAAGUAUGAUGUUAAGGCUGCAAUUGCAUUACUUUGCGGAGUUACGAUUGAAGAAUUAGAAGGACGUCUUAAACCAGAUGAAGAUGAGGUAGAAGAAGAGGCUGCAGAAGAAAAUACCGAAAAACGAAACAAUACUGCCAAAACAGACGAAUCUGAAUCCGAUUCCGCUGAAUCAAGUGAUGAUGACUCAUAUUCUAGAGGCCGAAAGAAAUCCCACAAGAAGGAGAAGGUCGAUCCGGAUUCAAAUCCAACGUAUGCAACUCAUUGGACUCCAGAACAAGAUGAAUUAUUAUAUUCAAAAUGGAUGAAGUAUGGCAGCGACUGGACCAGGAUCCUCAAAUACUUCCCAGGACGUACGAAAGCAGCCGUUUCAUUGCAUUGGAAUGCUUCUCUCCGACAAAAAAUGAUUCAAUCAGGAAGAUUAACUUACAACGAUCUCGUUAGGAUGAAAGUUCGUGCACCAAUUGCUAUUGAUCUUGCUUCAAGCACUAGCGAUACAAAGCCAGUUCGAAGGACUUCAGGGAGAUCUCGCAGAUCUAAGAGAAAAAUGAUAGAUGAUACAACGAGUUCGUCAUCAAGCAAUGAAGAAGAAUCAUCUAAUUCAUCAAAUGAUGCUUCUGAUAACAAUAACAAUAGUAAAUCUGAUUCAUCAAAUUCAGAUUCUCCGAAAGAAGAACAGAAACAAGAAAUUGAGCCCGUAAGAAAACGACCAGGCAGAAAACCAAAGAAAGAAAUAACAGUUUGGACCGAAGAAGACGAUGAAAAUCUUUUUAACGCAUGGAUGAAUUUUGGAAACGAUUGGGGCCAAAUCUCUACAUCAUUACAAGGUAGAGAUAUGACAGAACUUGCUGUUAGAUGGAAUACUGUUGUCAAACCACGCUACAUUAGUGAAGGAAAGCUUACAGAAGAAAUGCUCAGAUCUAAGAAUUCCAGAGCUUAUUCACACAUGAGGCAGAAGGAAAAUCCGUACGGCGAGGAAGAGAAGAAAGCUGAAAAGAAGAAGAAUGAUGGUUCCGAUAACGAAAGCAACGAAGAAGAAACAGAUGAAGAAGAUAAUGACAGCAGUGAUAGUAGCGAUGCACAACCAGAAGACUCCAGAAGAGGUAGAAGGAGAAGAUCUAAGAGCGCUAGAAGCUGGACAACAGAAAUGGACAAGAUUCUUUUCGAAAAGUGGAAAAUUUACGGAAAUGACUGGGGAAGAUAUCAAAAGAUAUUCCCUGAUAGAACUGCUGUAGCAAUACAGUUGCAUUGGUCGACAAAACUGAAGAAAAGUUUAAUUAAAAAAGGAUUAUUAGACCCGAAUACUAAACCACCAAGAGGUUUAGAUUCUGAUACUGAGGAGAAAUAA